AUGCCAAAUACUCAACGCCCCAAAACCACAACACCCUCCCCCAUGGCUUCUACUUCAACCUCCCUCCUCGACCUCCCCACCGAGCUCCUCCUCCUAAUAGCCGAGCACAUGCCCCCCUCAGCCCUCAUAGCAUGUCACAAUACAUCAUCUCGCCUCCGAGCCAUCACCCUCCCACUCCUCUCCUCCCACACGAGAGACCGCUUCCUCUCCGAGUUCCAGCAAGCCAGCCAAUCCGACUCCCACGCGCAAAUGAACCUCCUGUACCCCUCAAUCAGCGCCUCCCUCCGCCAACCAUCCAACCAAACCACAGAAGCAGAAGCAGAAGCAGAAGCAGAAGUAGAUCACGCCUUCAGCACCUCCGUUCUUCACGCCGCCUGCACAAGCACCAACACACCUAUAAUCUACUCCCUGAUUAUUCACCACGGCCUUAACUACAACACCCGCGCCCAGGCCAAUAACCCCAACUCCACAGCCCUCACAACAGUAAUGGCAAACCCUAACACCGCAGCCCUGCGAACCCUUAUUGCCCUCGGCGCAGACCUAGCCGAGCCCUUUAACCUAAGCAACACCCUGUCCCACAAAACCAAGUACCUGCACCGCGCCGUUUAG